UGUGGUCACCAGUGACAGGACCCGAGGGAAUGGCAUGAAGUUGUGUCAGGGAACAUUUAAGUUACAUAUUAGAAAAGGGUUCUUCGCUCAAAAGGUGGUUGGGCACUGGCGCAGACUCCCCAGCACCAAGCCUGUCAGAGCUCAGGAAGCAUUUGGACAACACUCUCAGGCACAUGGUGGGACUCUUGGGGUGUCCUUUGAAGGGCUAAGGGUUGGACUCUAUGUUCCUUCUUGGUCCCUUCCAACUCGAUAUAUUCUGUGAUCCUGUGAUCCCUAAUUCUGGUCAGCUUUCUCCAGCAUUUUCACCCCGAAAAGCUCAGGAUGUGUCCCUACAGCCAGGCAUUAGCAGGUUGGAGGUAGUUAGCAACAUGGGAGGGCUGUUCAGUGCUGGUACUUUGCCACUGGCAGUAAAACAAAAGAGUACACCCCCAAAGCCCACCAUUGUUUUCCACGUUAGCUCAUGCCAUGACUUGCUGUAAAGUUUUACUGAUCAAAAUAGCAACAUAAGGAGGGCACAGGAUUGUGCUGAGUACCCUGAACAAAACCACUUUUCUUGCUGUGACUAUAAAGCACUUAAAUUAUUUAAAUUUGACAGAUCUCUUUACCUAUAUGUUGGGGUAAGUAAUUUCCAUGCUAUCCUUUGGCAGGGAGUUCAAGAAUCGUGUGCUGUCCUUUUCACAGAACUCCAUGGGCAUUGGUGUCACAGGCAUGGAGCCCGUGAUGAACUCAGAGUUGUAUCAGUGAUGAACUGAGUCAGCUAAAGAGCAGAUCUUCAAUUUAAUAAUUGCCUUGGGAUCUUCAGUAAACAACUACAGUUGCUUAAUCUUGUGCUGAAAAAUUAAUUUCCUAGUUACAUUCUCUUCUCAGUUUUUAAUAACAAGCUGAUGUUUCAAUGAAAUGUUCUUUUUAGAGCUGACUAGAACUAGCUGGAUUCAACAGAGAUGUUCACUCGGUUUCAAGUGGUGAGGUUUGACAGGUGUCCUUCAGAGAUCCCUUCCAACUUAUAUUAUUCCAUGGAAAAUCACUGAGAAUUUUUGACAUUACGCAUAAUUUUGUGCUGUUUCCUUUUAGAAAGGAAUUUAUGAUGAAGCCUUAAGCAGUUUCUUUAGGAACGUAGAUACAAGGUGUUGUGUAGGCUAGAGGAAUCACAUGAAUAUUGGAGGCUGCUGUGAGCUGCUCACCUAAUGAGAAGUGUCUGGAGACCAUCUUUGAGUGAGAAGGUGGAAAAUCCUUGUGGAAUCCAGUGCAGCCCUGUACUCUCUUCCCCUUGUUCCUGAUGGGACUCAGUAGGUUCAGAACACUGGUUGGUGCUGUAGUGAAUUUUAGCCGGUGUUUUGUGAAUAUAAUGGUGGUUGAAUGUAGAAUGGUCAAGGACAUACUUUAAAUUUAGGCUUGGCCAGCUCCCAGAUUAGGUAAAUAAUGGAAAAGAUCUGUCUUCCAGUACCCCUGCCUUUUUCCCCCGUGUUGAUUAUAGUUUGGCCAGACCAUAGUAUCUCAUCCUUUGAGUGGGAAAAAAUGUGAUUGUGACAUAAUGUAUAGUCUGCUAUGUUGGCUCAGUACAACCAGUCCUGGGAAAGAAGGAAGAUUUAGCGAUGCCAACCCAGCAGGAUUUCUGAGCUGGUUAAUCAUAAUAAGCAGAAUAAGUCAGUUACAGAGCUUUCACACCUCGAGCACAACCUCGAGUACUACCCCCACUGAAAAGCUCGUGGGGAGCUCUUUCCCAUUGUAUGAUGUGGGUACACAUAUCACGUGCUGAUAAAAGAUAAUCCUUUCCCGUUUUGGCAAUGCUUGUAGAAUUCCUACAAAGCUGAGGCUGUAUCUGGGAGUAAACUUUUAAUGCUUAUCUUUUCAGUUUCCUGAAGUAAUGUUUAGGAUAUUUCUGAUUGAGAUUGUGUUCUGUAGUUGUAUUCCUUUUGGGAAUUAUGAAGUCUUAGCAGCAUGUUCACAGUGUUUGUUUGUUUGCAUUGUCAUAGUUCUCCAAACACAAAAUAUAAAAGAUAAAAUUUUAUUCCAGUAUGUAUUUUAUGUUACAAAUCUGAUCUCAGAUUUUUUCUGUAACUAUUUUUUUUUCAGAAGUGGUGGUAAUGGUCCUGAUAUUUACAAAGGAAAAAUCUGCUCUUUAAAAGCACGAGCGCUGUUGAUUGACAUGGAGGAGGGUGUGGUAAAUGAAAUUCUUCAGGGACCAUUGAGGGAUGUGUUUGAUAGCAAGCAGCUUAUCACAGAUGUUUCUGGUUCAGGAAACAACUGGGCUGUAGGUCAUAAGAUCUAUGGCUGUCAGUACCGGGAAAACAUAGUGGAAAAGCUGAGGAAGACCGCUGAACAUUGUGACUGUCUACAGUGUUUCUUUAUAAUUCAUUCCAUGGGAGGUGGGACAGGGUCUGGUCUUGGAACUUUUGUACUAAAUUUGCUUGAGGAGGAAUUCCCAGAAGUAUAUAGAUUUGUUACUUCAGUUUAUCCCUCUGGUGAAGAUGAUGUUAUUACUUCUCCGUAUAACAGUGUUCUGGCUAUGAAGGAGCUUAAUGAACAUGCAGACUGCGUACUACCAAUAGAGAAUGAAUCUCUGUUUGAGAUAGUUAAUAAAAUUCAUCAGAUGAUCAAUUCUGGGAAGUUGGGAUCAACUGUGAAGCAAAACAGCUUGGUAACAUCAAGUGCAGGCAGAGCAAAAACACUACAAGAGAAACCAUUUGAUGCGAUGAAUAACAUCAUAGCCAACUUGCUGCUGAACAUGACAAGCUCUGCUAGAUUUGAAGGUUCCCUAAACAUGGAUCUUAAUGAAAUCAGCAUGAAUUUGGUUCCAUUUCCUCGACUUCAUUAUUUGGUUUCAAGCUUGACUCCUCUGUAUACACUAACAGAUGUUAAUGUUCCUUCUAGAAGGUUGGAUCAGAUGUUCUCAGAUGCAUUUAGCAGAGAUCAUCAACUAAUUCAAGCAGAUCCAAAGCACAGCCUCUACCUCGCCUGUGCACUUCUUGUUCGAGGAAAUGUGCAGGUUUCAGACCUUCGCAGAAAUAUUGAAAGGUUGAAGCCUUCUCUGCACUUUGUCUCCUGGAAUCAAGAGGGCUGGAAAACUGGUUUGUGUUCAGUACCUCCUGUGGGCCAUUCCCAUUCCCUUCUGGCUUUAGCAAACAACACCUGUGUAAAACCAACUUUCAUUGAACUCAAAGACAGAUUUAUGAAGCUCUACAAGAAGAAGGCUCACCUUCACCAUUAUCUGCAAAUAGAUGGGAUGGAGCAAAGCUGUUUUUCAGAAGCUAUAUCCUCUUUGUCUGACCUAAUAGAAGAGUAUGAUGAACUGGAUGCUACAAAAGGUGGGCCUAGAAUAGAUCCUUCAAGACUGAAGAUAGCUGUUUAGAGAAGGGAAAACUGAUUGAAAAAAAAGAAAAGAAGAAAAAAGCACUUUCCCUAAUCAUCCAGCUACUUCAGUUAACCAGAAUGACUUGUAGCAUGUCUGGCUAUUGUAAUUCCAAAGUGGGACCAGGACAACAGCUUCCUUACCUCAAAAGUUGUCAUUAAAUGGUGAUCCAUGCCUGUAAGAAAGAUUUGAAGGCACCUAAUUGUGGCUGGUAUCAGUAAGGACAGUAAUCCUUCCUGUGGAGUAAAUUCACACACCAUAGGCUGUGAAGAAAAGGAGGAGAGGUUGUAGCAGCCAAAAAUGUCAUUCUUUUCUCAGACUUUCAGCUUAUGGUAAACUAAAGGUAGGUCUUGCUUCAAAGAGGGAUCACUGUUGCUAGAUUUAGUUUUUAACAAGCAACUACGAAGAGAAGAAAAGCCCAUGUAAGUCUUUUCAAAGAUGAAAGCAAGUCUCUAAUGAAACUGGUUUCUUACACUUUGCAACAGACAUUUCAGAAUGCUCUAAGCUAUGUUCCUUGCUUCAGUAUUUUUGCUUCUGUGUUGUACUUAGCUAUAUUAAAGCAUUCUCAGUUUAUACCAAAACUGGAAAUAACAGAAAAUUCCAAAAAAUAAAUUUUGUUUCAAGUAUUAUACUUGGAAUAUUAAUUAAUAUUUUAAUGAUUCAUAUUAAUGAAUGCUGAGUUGCACUUGAUAAUGAGAUAAUACAGAAUACCUCUGAGCAAAACAUGCACUUAUGAUGAAGUUAUAAUGACCAUUUGGAGAAAAACGCUUAUAGCCUUGAAAGAAUGCAAGUAAAAUAGAUGUUUUAAUAUUUAUAAUUAUCAGGGUAAGCAGCUUUUUAUAUUGCAGUAAGAACUUCUACAAAUUAGAAUGUACAGCUCUUUCCAGUUGCUUGCCAGUGAACUGUUAUAGAUCAGAAUGGAUUGACACAAUGAUUACUUGAAAUUUGAAGUCCUUCUAGCAGAGUUGGAGUGGAUAUGUAAGUAAGCACAAUUUUGAAUGUAUAAUAUUCAAUAAAGUAUUGUGAUAACA